AUUUGUGUCUAGUUCGAGUUCAUUAUGGUUACUUUUUUUGAAUAAUUCACAAGUGUUUCAAAAAAUCCCAGCGUUUCUAUGUUUAUUUUUCAAAUUUUGAAAAUGGUCUCACAGUGUGGGUGAUUUUGGAGGGAAAGUUACCGGUGUUGUUUAUCUUUGAACCAUGUGGUUCAUAAUCCUUUUUUCGUACAAAAUUUGGAUAUAAUCAGUCUAAAAGAAGAACUUGACUUAACUCGAGUUAACUAUUUGAAUCGAGUAUUUCAUCAAAUGUGUUUAUUCGUGAUAUUUAUCGAAAUGCAUUGUUGAUAGAAGUUUUCACGAGUUCGUACUUUGUAGUGAAUGACUCAAUAAUAUUGUGAUCUAUCUUAUUUCGUGUGUGCAGAAAAUUUACCAAUGACGAAACGCAAAUUACCGAAUGACUUCGUCACAGACGACGAAUUUGAAAUAGAUUUCAUCCACAAGAUCCCCGCAAUCGAAGGAGAUGAAAAAGAAACGGACGCGAUCGAGUACCAUUUUGAUUUUUCUCUGCGACACAUCGCCGCUGUCAACUUGUUGUAUUCGAAAUGUAUCGAGUUUAUGGGCGAAGAGAUAGCGAAAUCGUGUUAUCGAAAUUGCGAAGGAGAAAUAUAUUUCAACGAUAUUCUGCUGAAACAUUUGUACACCGUAUUCCCGUAUUUUUCCGGAACUCGAGUAAAACUCAGCACAAUGGUAACUCAGGUGGUUAAAAAUGUAUACAACUGGAUCAGACAUAUCGACCGUACCGUAUUCAACAUUCGCUGUGCCAGACAAUCCGAAGCUUUGGAUUUCGUUCGCCAUAUCGUUAUCACCAGCAGAGGUACCGUAAAUUACGCCAAAUCAGCCGAAAAUCUAUUAACUGAUCCGAAAUUCGACGCUAUCGACAAGUUGAAAAUUAUCUGCGUUCAUUGUUUGGAACGUUACGUAUUCGCAAUCGUCAGCACUAUUCACGUACAAUUAGAUCCUAAAAAAGUUUACGCCGGUACUUUGAAAAUGAUCGAAUUUUGGAAACAAUGCAUCAGCAGCGGAGAUUUCAUCAGAAGCGCCGCGUACAAGGUUAACGACGAUAUUUACAACGCGGCCGGAACCACCAACACCGAAGCUUUGAAAUUCUUAUGGAAUAAGACGAACGGCGAAGAACGAGCUAACGUUUUGAUCAAAUUGAUGCGGAGAAGCGGAGCCGAUUUCCAGUGUUAUCUUUUAUCGCAAAUCAACGGCGACGAUCAACAAUUGGUUUUCAAGAAUUGCGGCGGUACCAUAUUGAAUAACAUUUUCGAGGAUUUUAUUUGGGGCAGCUACCUAUUAACCACCGCUUACCACGCUCGCAACGUUAUACCCAGUCGACAAUAUUACGAAUUCAUGAAACGAAUCACGUUCUGUAUGCAGUUCGACAAAAAUCAAUGUCGCAACGAAAUCAUAUUCAGACAGCUUUGGCGCUACGCUACUAAACGUAUCAAAGACUAUAUUUUCAGAAACGAAAACGCGCAUAUUUUUUAUUGGUUCCGAAACGAAAUCAACGCCGAGUACAUGCUUACAUUAUUCUCGGAUGCUAGUGUUGGAUUUAAGCAAAAUUUCAUACUUUCUAAUUCUUGUUUGAACGCUUGUAUGGAAUUGAUCAAGAAUAACAACGUGAACGUCUUGGAAACGAUUAUCAGAAAAACCUACUCCGAAGAUACGGAGAAACUCAACUUCAAGCAAAUUUUAUUAAACGACGAAAGAUGCAAGGCGGCCAUUUGUUCCUUAGUCAGUGCCGGAGAUAGAACGAAAUUCGACUCGACGAUCAGAUGGUUCUUCAAUUCGGAUAUCGAAGCGGCCAAAUACAAGAAAAAUUUCAUCGCGUCUUCCCAUUACUUGAAUGUAUUCAAGUCUACGUUGGAUCGAGCCAUAUUCGAAGAUUCGGCCAAAAAAAUAAUUCGCGAAGAUGUCAACUUCGAUGAACUGGAUGAAAAAAUUUACUGGUUUUUGACCAACUCGGAAGAAAUCAACGAUUUCAAAGAGAAUUCUCUCGCUGUAUCCGAAUGCUUCCGAAAUUCCGUUCACGAGCUGGUGAAAAAAGAACAGUAUAGUUUAAUCGAGCAAUUAUUCUGUUGGUGUUUGCCCAGAACCGAAGACGUAAGCGAAUAUAAAGCCAAUCUGUACGGCGAAGAUCAGAAAGUUAAGAUAGCCGAUUUGGUCUUUGAAUUAUUGUGGAAAAAAGACGACUUCAAAUCGCUCGACGAAUUUUUACGUUGGUGUUUCAAUUCGAAUGAAGAUAAAAUCAACGUAUUCAAACGAACGGUUUUGUCGAGCUACAAAGAAGCUGAGAAAUUAUGGGGAUCGUUGUUGACGCGCGAAGAAUACGAUUUAGCUGAGCGACUUAUGAAGUGGUGUGGUUUGAAAACCGAUGCGGAGAUUCGAACUUACAAGAACGAGCUUAUGAUACAUUUGAACCUCGAUUAUGUGACCACCGAAGUAAGAUUUAUCCUGGAACUCGGAGAAGGAGAACAAUGCGAAUUUACUGAAGCUGACAGAAUUCAGAGAUGUCAUCGAUUAAUUCGUUGGUUCAAUCCUACGACGGAAACGUAUCAAAAAUUUCGAAAUAUGUCGUUCAGAGAUGAAUUUAGGUACAAUAAGUAUUGUACUUUGAUUCGUACCUUCUUGGAAGAAAAUAACGUAAAUAUAGGUAUGAAUACGGUAAUUUUAAACCUAUGAAACGUGUUACAUUUUUUUAAUGAUAAGUGUUUUAGUUUUGUGCACCUCUGAGGUUUCGUUUUAAUUAAUUUUUAUUCUGAAAUCUUGUUGACUAAUUUAAUCGGUACCCAGUACCUACCUACUUCGAGUCUGACUUUGUGUUGUUUAAACUAUUUAUAAAGUUAAGUAAUUUUUUCUAUUUGUAUGUAUUUUUCCAAAACAAGAGUAAAAAAUGUUUUUGUGAUGAUAA